AUGUCUGCGAACCCGCUCGACCGUGUCGCUCAGCAGCUCGAAGCUAUCCUGCCAGGCGGCGGGCCCAAGUCGCCCCAUCUCUCAGGCGCCGAGACGCCUCCGCCGUUCGCCUUCCAGUCGCCAGGCGAAAGUCAGCCCCAGACGCCCGGCAAGCGCAGGACUCGCCUGGCAUGCCUGACCAGCGGAGGAGACAGUGCUGGAAUGAACGCUGCCGUGCGCGCAGUCGUCAAGAUGGCCAUCGCGCGCGGCUGCGAGGCCUACGUCGUCCGCGAGGGUUGGGAGGGUCUCGUUCGCGGGAACCAGGAUGCGACCGCUCACGUCGAGACCCCCGCAACUUCCCCUCCUCUGGCCGGCGCACCGACUGCCAUCGACCCCGAGACGUCGAAGAAGAAGCGCGGCGGAUUCGUCGCGACGUACGGAGAGGGAGAAUUGCUCAAGGAGGGUGAGGGCGAGCAAACGCUCCGAGGGCGCUACAUCAUCCGCGUCGGCUGGGACGACGUCCGUGGCUUCGCCGCUAUCGGCGGAACCUUGAUCGGCACUGCCCGCUGCGCCGCCUUCCGCGAGAUUGAGGGCCGACGAAAGGCUGCGCUCAACCUCGUCCGGCACGGUAUCGACGCUCUCGUCGUCUGCGGCGGAGACGGAUCUUUGACCGGAGCGGACAAGCUGCGGGCGGAAUGGCCGGAGCACAUGCAGGCUCUCCUUGAGAACGGCGACAUCACUCAGGACCAGUACGACACCUACAAGCACCUCAAUAUUGUCGGACUCGUCGGAAGUAUCGACAACGACAUGGCCGGCACCGACAUGACCAUCGGCGCCACGACCGCCCUCCACCGCAUCUGCGACGCUGUCGACAGCAUUUCGUCGACCGCAUCCUCCCACUCUCGCGCCUUCGUUGUCGAAGUCAUGGGCCGUCACUGCGGCUGGCUCGCUCUCAUGGCCGCUAUUGCGACCGGCGCCGACUACAUGUUCAUUCCCGAGCGGCCACCCACUGCCGAGGACUGGCAGACUUCGAUGUGCAACGUUCUUUCGCGCCACCGCGACGAGGGCAAGCGCAAGACGAUCGUCAUCGUCGCCGAGGGCGCGCACGACUGCAACCUCAACCCGAUUACGCCCAACGACAUCAAGGACGUCCUCACCAACCGCCUCGGUCUCGACACCCGCGUCACGACUCUCGGGCACACCCAGCGUGGCGGCAACCCCGUCGCUUACGACCGCAUCCUCGCCACCUUGCAAGGAGCCGAAGCCGUCGAGGCUGUCCUCUCGUCGAACCCCUCGACUCCCUCCCCCGUCAUCGGCAUUCGCGAGAACAAGAUCACUCGCCGGCCGUUGAUGGAGGCCGUCGCGCAGACGCAGGAGGUCGCCAAGGCUAUCGAGGCCAAGGACUUCACUCGCGCUCUCAGCCUCCGCGACCCCGAGUUCGAGGACUGCUUGCACGCUUUCCGUGCGACUACGAGGCUCAACACCGAGUAUCGCGUGCCCGAGUCGCAGCGCAUGCGCAUCGGUAUCAUCCACACCGGUGCUCCUGCAGGCGGUAUGAACGCAGCGACCCGCACCGCCGUCCGCUACUGCUUGUGCCACGGCCACACGCCCGUCGCCAUCUACAACGGUUUCGCCGGCCUGCUCGAGGGCAACGUCGCCGAGCUGACCUGGCUGCGCGUCGACCAAUGGGGUACUCGCGGCGGCUCCGAGCUCGGCACGAACCGCGCCUUGCCCGACAGCGACAUGGAAGGCAUCGCGGCCAAGCUUGCCGAGUAUCAAAUCGACUCGCUCUUCAUCGUCGGCGGCUUCGAGGCGAUGGUUGCGGUCAACCAGCUUGACAAGGCGCGCGACAGGUACAAGGCGCUCAAGAUCCCUCUUGUUCACCUCCCCGCGACCAUCUCGAACAACGUUCCCAUCACCGAGUGGUCGAUCGGUUCCGACACCUCGAUCAACGUCCUUGUCGACGCUUGCGACGCCAUCAAGCAGUCGGCAACGGCGUCGAGGAACCGUGUCUUCGUUGUCGAGACUCAAGGAGCGGGAUGCGGCUACAUCGCCAUGCUCGGUGCUCUUGCCUCUGGCGCAAACAUCGUCUACACGCCGGAGAACGGCAUCACGCUCAAGCAGCUCGUCGACGACGUCGAGUUCCUCAAGCGGCGCUACCAGCAGGACGUCGCCGGCAAGAGUGAGGGUCGCCUCGUCAUCCGCUCGGAGAAGGCGUCCAAGACCUACACGACCGAGGUCAUCUCGAACAUCCUCGCCGAGGAGGGCAAGGACCUGUUCGACUCGCGCCUCGUCUCGCUCGGCCACACGCUGCAGGGCGGCGUCCCCUCCCCUCGCGACCGCACGCGCGCCGUCCGCCUCACCGUCAAGUGCAUCGACUGGCUCGAGCAGCAGCACGGAUCGAAGACGCCUGGCGCUGCGUCGAUCGCCAUCCAAGGCGCCGAGAUCCGCUUCGUCCCCAUCGCGGAGAUGAUUGCUGCGGCAGACACGAAGCACCGCCGCGGAAAGGUGCAGUGGUGGACGCCGAUGCAGCGCUUGGUCGACGUCUUGUGCGGCAGGAUCAACCUCGAGAACGAGCCGCUCAACGCGGGCAUCGUCCCUCUCGCCGCGACGACCACCGCGACGCAGACGUCCUGA